UCAGUUAACACAAUGGUGUGCUACAAUUUGAUUGUCCAACAAUCACCUCCUAUUAUGCUUCAAUCACAGUAUCCCUCCAAACCCAGGGAGGUGCCUAUGAAAAUGAUGUCCGGCUGCUGUAAUGAAUGUCCUAUAUCUAGUAAGGUUGCGGUUAAACAAGUCUUUUCAGGUCUUGCAGCAUCGAUCCUAUUUCUCUCUCAAAGUAACCUGGCUUUUGCAGCAGAUCUUCCUCAUUACAACAGUGUGUCCCAAAUUGCAAAUGCCACAGACAGCGCACCGAUUCUUCCUCUGGAGAAGGGAAAUGAUGGCGGAGGUGGAAAGUUGAUGAUGAUGCGAGGCAUGACAGCAAAAGACUUUGAUCCAAUCAGGUAUUCUGGAAGAUGGUUCGAAGUAGCUUCCCUUAAACGUGGAUUCGCUGGACAAGGUCAAGAAGAUUGUCACUGCACCCAGGGCAUUUACACUGUUGAUAUGGCCGCACCUGCUAUCCAAGUAGACACAUUUUGUGUUCAUGGAGGACCUGACGGCUACAUCACAGGCAUAAGGGGAAGGGUUCAGUGCCUUACCGAGGAGGAUAGGGAGAAAAAUGAGACUGAUCUUGAAAGGCAAGAAAUGAUUAGGGAGAAGUGUUACCUUAGGUUUCCUACAUUGCCGUUCAUCCCAAAGGAGCCUUAUGAUGUUAUUGCAACUGAUUAUGACAAUUUUGCACUGGUUUCUGGAGCUAAAGACAGAAGCUUCAUUCAGAUAUACUCGAGGACACCUGAUCCAGGACCAAAAUUUAUAGAGAAAUACAAAAACUACUUAGGUAGUUUCGGAUAUGAUCCGAGCAAAAUCAAAGACACACCACAAGACUGUGAGGUGAAGUCUACGAGUCAGCUAGCAGCAAUGAUGUCCAUGCCAGGAAUGCAACAAGCUCUAAGCAACCAAUUCCCUGAUCUAGAGUUGAAGGCCGCUGUUGAAUUCAACCCAUUCACAAGUGUGUUUGAAACUCUCAAGAAGCUUGUUGAGCUUUAUUUCAAGUAGUGAAACCUUUCGAGUUUUAUGACAUAUACUUUGUAUCCUUGCAUAGUUCAUAUUUUUACAGACCAACCCUUCCCCGCCCCUACUUCCCUUCAACAAUUUGGUCCCUGAAGCCUCAGGUCAGCUAUCUUAUGGCUUGUGGGUUCUAACACUUGAUAAUGCACAUUGAAAUAAAGUUUGAUUUUGAAUGAAAUAUUCUCCAUAA